UCUAUAUCUUAUUUGUAAUAUAUUUGAUAUUUAUUAAUAAAUAAACAAUAAAUAAAAUAAUAAUUAACCAAUAAAAAAUUAAGUUUAUGUUUAAAAUGGUUAAAGAUAUUGUAAAAAUUCUUGACAUUUCAUGGAGAUUUGGUGUAACUGCAGCAAGCAAUGAAUCUGACAACAUGGGAAAAUCAUUUCUUCAUCUAAAAUUAAGUUUAGAAGAAAAUGGCAAAGCUAAGAAUGUUUUUAUAGAAAUGACAAUAAGUGAAUUUUAUAAAUUUGUACAUGAUUUAGAAAAAGCAAAGUGUAAUCUUGAUUUAUUACUUUAGAUAGUAUUUACAAUAAUUUAGUUGUGAAUUGAAUCAUUUUAAUAUUUUAAUAAUGUAUUAUUUUUAAUUAUAUUAUUAACAAUAUUUUUUUAUAUCAUUUAAGAAAAAUACAUAAGAAAUAAACUUUAAUCAGAUAAGAGCAUUAUUAUAUUAAGAAAUGAUUAAUAAUUAAUAACAUAUAUUUACAAAUCCAUUAUGACUUUAUACAAAAAUUAAAAAAUUUUAAAUAUAAAAAUAUAAGAAAAGUAUAUUUCAUUAUGUUAUUACUUAAAUGUAAAUAAAAAUAUUAUAAUAUAAAUAAA